GUAGACGUGAGGCGCUCACUACUGCCAGGUUCCGGGUUUCGGCAACUGCACAUGUUGGAGUGGCGGCGACGCUGUCAGUGUGUGUGAGGUGUCAGAGUGACGGAUAAAACAUCAUGAGACUCGUAAGCUUGGAAAAAAUAGUUGCACUACAAAAGAAAGCGUCCAACAUUCGGAAUAUCUGUAUAUUGGCUCAUGUGGAUCAUGGGAAAACUACACUAGCAGACUGCCUCAUAGCCAGCAAUGGGAUCAUCUCUAACAGGCUAGCAGGGAAGUUACGUUAUUUGGACAGUCGAGAAGAUGAGCAGAUUCGAGGAAUCACCAUGAAAUCCAGUGCAAUAUCUCUUCAGUACACAUGCGAUGAAGAAGAAUAUCUCCUCAACCUCAUAGACUCCCCGGGACAUGUUGAUUUCUCAUCUGAGGUCUCCACUGCAGUCCGUCUCUGUGAUGGCUGUAUUAUUAUAGUUGAUGCUGUAGAAGGUGUAUGUCCUCAGACACAAGCAGUGUUACGGCAGGCCUGGCUAGAGAACAUACGGCCUGUUCUAGUGAUCAAUAAGAUUGACAGGUUGAUAGUGGAAUUGAAAUUCUCCUCCCAGGAAGCCUAUACACAUCUCCAAAAAUUACUGGAGCAGGUUAAUGCUGUGACAGGUGCUCUUUUCACCUCAAAAGUAUUGGAAGAGAGAGCAGAGAAAGACACAUCUUCAGAGACACCGGAGGGAGAGCAGGUUUAUGACUGGAGUGCGGGAUUGGAAGAAACAGAUGACUCUCUCCUGUAUUUCUCUCCAGAGCAGGGCAAUGUGGUGUUUGCCAGUGCCAUAGAUGGCUGGGGGUUUACAAUUGAUUACUUCGCCCAGCUGUACAGUCAAAAAAUUGGUAUAAAGUCACCUGUGCUGCUGAGGACUCUCUGGGGAGAUUACUAUCUGAGUACCAAAGCCAAGAAGAUCAUGAAGGGAGCUCAGAGCAAAGGGAAGAAACCAUUAUUUGUGCAACUUAUCUUGGACAAUGUGUGGAGUCUGUAUGAUGCAGUUAUGAAAAGGGAGAAGGAGAAAAUUGAUAAAAUUGUAUCUUCAUUGGGUUUGAAAACCAGUCCUCGUGAAUCCCGCCACUCUGACCCAAAGGUCCAUGUGAAUGCGAUUUGCAGUCAGUGGCUUCCGGUAUCACAGGCUGUUCUCAACAUGGUGUGCAGGAAGCUUCCCAGCCCCCUGGAUAACUCUGCGGAGAGAGUGGAAAAGCUGCUGUGCCCUGGUUCUCGACGCUUUGAUUCCUUACCUCCACAGACGCAACAUCUCAAAGACGUUUUUUUGCAGUGUCGCAGCGAGGAGACUGCUCCGAUCAUUAUCUUUGUUUCCAAAAUGUUUGCUGUUGAUGCGAAAGCCAUGCCCCAGAACAAGCAGAGGCCAUUAACUCAGGAAGAAAUUGCUCUGAGACGAGAGCUUGCCAGACAGAGACAUGCUGAAAAGAUGGCAAGCAAUCAGGGACAGGAGCAGGCUCCCUCCAGCACUGAAUGUCAAGCCACUGUAAACAGUGAGAACACCAAAGGUGAUCCACAAACACUGACACAUGAAAGCGAGAACCUGAUGCAUAAGCCGGAGAAGCAAGAAGUAGAGGAUAAAAGCCAUUUCAUUGCAUUUGCUCGGGUCUUUAGUGGUGUUGUGCGGAAAGGACAAAGGAUAUUCGUUUUGGGGCCUAAAUACAAUCCCAUAGAAGCACUGCUUAAGUUGCCACCUGAAUGCCUGGCCACUGCUGACCUCCCUGAUAUCCCUCACAUGGCUUGCUGCACUGUGGACAACCUGUAUCUUCUCAUGGGUCGUGAGCUAGAAGACUUGGAGGAAGUACCCGCAGGCAAUAUCUUGGGUAUCGGAGGUUUGGAGGACUUUAUCCUGAAGUCAGCAACUUUGUCUACAUCACCAGCUUGUCCACCAUUUAUUCCUCUGAACUUUGAAGCAACACCAAUUGUACGAGUUGCUGUUGAACCGAUUCAUCCAAGUGAAAUGCCGCAAUUGGUGAAAGGAAUGAAGCUCUUAAACCAGGCUGACCCGUGUGUAGAAGUCUUGAUUCAGGAGACAGGAGAACACGUACUUAUUACAGCUGGAGAGGUUCACUUGCAGCGCUGCCUGGAUGACUUAAGAGAGAGGUUUGCAAAGAUUCAGGUGAGUACAUCCGAUCCCAUUAUCCCCUUUCGAGAGACCAUAAUAAGACCACCUAAAGUUGACAUGGUGAACGAAGAUAUUGGAAAACAACAAAAAGUGGCUGUUAUACACCAGGUUAAGGAAGAGCAAAGUAAGUCCCAAGAGGGAGUACAGAUUGAUCCAGAUGGCCUGGUAACUGUAACCACGCCAAAUAAAUUGGCGACACUUAGCGUCAGAGCCAUGCCACUUCCUGAAGAGGUCACUCAGCUUCUGGAGAAAAACAGUGAUUUAAUUAGAACUAUGGAACAAAUUAACUUGGCUCUGAGUGAAGGUAGCAAUACUAUUAAUGUCAAUGAGACAACCAUCAGCCAGCUUCAUGAAUUGAAAAGUAAUCUUGAACAACACUUACAGGGCAGAAGGUGGCGUAAUGCUGUGGAACAAAUCUGGUCAUUCGGCCCAAGGCGUUAUGGGCCAAAUAUCCUGUUAAAUCGAAUUGAAGGCUAUGAAAGGUUGUCUGUUUGGCAGUGCCUUGAUAAAGUAUCCAAAACCAGUAAAUAUCGUAAUGUAGAGAACAGCAUCGUUAGUGGGUUUCAGCUUGUGACGCUUGCUGGACCCAUGUGUGAGGAACCGAUGAUGGGCGUUUGUUUCAUAGUGGAGAAACUCGAUGUGUCCAAGUCUGUGAUACUGGAAAGGCAAGACUCUGCAGAAAAUGUUACAGAGCAAGAUAAAACAAAUACAAUUCCUGAAUCAAGUGAUGAUGUUUCAGAAGCAAAAGAAGUUUUACAACAAAGACAGGAUAGCACAAAAGUUCAAGAGAAAUCUAGCAAACGUAAAGGGGAAUUGCUGCUUACAGACUGUUAUGGACCAUUCUCCGGACAGCUAAUUGCUACAAUGAAGGAAGCUUGCCGUUCUGCUUUCCAAGUAAAACCCCAGAGACUAAUGGCUGCAAUGUAUACCUGUGACAUUAUGGCCACUGCAGAAGUGUUAGGUCGUGUGUAUGGCGUCUUGUCGAAAAGAGAAGGUCGUGUUCUUUUGGAGGAGAUGAAAGAAGGAACAGACAUGUUCAUUAUCAAAGCAGUGUUGCCCGUGGCCGAAAGCUUUGGCUUUGCUGAUGAAAUAAGAAAGAGGACAAGUGGCCUGGCCAGCCCUCAGCUGGUGUUCAGUCACUGGGAGAUUAUUCCAAGCGAUCCUUACUGGGUACCCACCACAGAGGAAGAAUACUUACACUUUGGAGAGAAAGCAGAUUCUGAAAACCAUGCAUGGAAAUACAUGAAUUCCGUAAGAAAACGGAAGGGGCUGUAUGUGGAAGAGAAGAUUGUGGAGCAUGCAGAGAAGCAGAGAACUCUAGGAAAAAACAAAUAAAUAUUUCCAGCUUCUUCCUUUAUCGUUCUUUACAAACUUUCUUUGAUAAUUAUUUAAAUAUGUUGCUGAAGGUUUCAUAAGCGUGUUAAACAGAUUUUAAUAAACAUGAUGAACUAAUUAGACAA